AGAUUUUUUUCUCUUAUCGCGAUUAUGGAUUUAUUAUUGUUCAUUUUUUCUUUCUUUAUAUUUCAUCACAUGAUCGGAAUUGCAUAUACAUUUUUUGUGCCAAAGGAAAUUAAAUUAUUGGGUGGUUGUUUUAUGCCAAAAUCGAUAAUUGAAAUGACAACUGGAAAGACAAACAGAAAACGAACAGAAUGCUUGUUAUGAUGAACUCUCGUUUUUCUCCUUUAUUGAUUAAUGAUUACAGGUAGUUUCCAAUGUGCCAAUAAUUCAUUAUCAUCAUCAUGAUAUGACCACUUCCAUUUGAAAUUCACUGCAAAACAUUGCAUACACACGCAAAUCAUAAUCAUUAGCUUACAAAAAUAAUGAUAAUCUUUCAAUCCAUUCUACAGCAUUCUACAAGUUUUCCCUCUUUCUCUAUCUCUCUCUCCACCCAAUUCUUUGAUUCGUUGAAAAAAUGAAUGAUUUGAUUGAAAUUUGAUUAACUAUUCAAUAGUUUUGUGAAUUUAUGAAUUCAUUCAUUAUCAAUGAUCAAUGUAUCAAUGGUACAGUGAACAAAAGCCAUUUAGAUGGCCAUCAUUCUCACUGUUUUCAUCAUUGUUUGUUAUUGUUGGUGUUGUGAUUUUAACUAAUGUUGUGAUCUCAAUUAAAUCGACACCAUCAUCAACGACAACAUCUUCUUUGCCGGUAAUCGAUGGUAAAUGGCAACCAUUAUUAAAUCUAAAUGAUGAUACCAUACGGCAAUUAUUUAUGCCACGAUUAUUGGAUCUAAACCAAGUGGCAUCUAAAUGGAAUAAUGUAAGCGAGGCUUGUCGUCAUGAUAUCCGGCACGCAUUGACCGAUAUGUUCGAUGUAUCGCCACAAAAUCGAAAAGCAUGGCCUUUUCAAAUGUUUGAUUCAUGGUCCAAAAUGCCUCCAAGUGGAAUGUUUCGUGGAACGAUCACCGAUUAUGGUGAUUAUGAUCAAUGUUUAUCGAUUAUCGAACCGAUACGUUCACAAUAUUGUCUUGUAGAUUUCAGUAUGCCGAUGCCAAAAUCACAACCUCCACCAAAUCAUAAUUUUUUUCAUAAAACUCUCGGUUUAUUACCCGAAACAUUUCCGCGUCGAAAUGAAUCAACAAUAUAUGAACAUUUGGAAAAAUAUUCCUCCAUAUUCUAUUAUACAUAUGUUGAGAUGGCUAUUUGUAUGCCAAUCGUUUGCAAUCAAGAUGAUCUUGAAACAAUUCUAAAAGAUGCCGAAAAAAUUGGAUUGGAAUUGAAAAAGCUUUCAUGUGAAUAUCGACAUACGGAACGUUGGCGUCCAAAUUUGCCACAAUUUCUUGCCAUUUUAAUGUUGUUCAUCGUUUCGGUACUGUCUACCGUCGCUCUUGUACAUGAUUACAUACAUGGUCAGAAAGGUAAGUGAUUUUAAAAAAGAAAAUGUUAAA